GAUAUAAAAGUUUUAUAUAUACUUUUUAAAAAAGGCAAUGCAGAAGAAGAUCUAGGGUUUCAAUGGUUUCUCGACGAUGGGAUCCCGGAAUUGGCGUGGAGAAAUGGAUUGGAGCAGACUAUCAUCAAGGAAAGGGGAUGUUUGGGAGUUUAAGGAAAUUCAGGGAGAUUUUGAAUCGGAUUUCAAUCUCUGUCAUUAUCAAAACGAAAUCAAAGGUUUCCAAAGGCAUUAUCUCAGAUUACUGUGAUAUUUGGGUUUCUUUAUUUUGCAAGGAGAUUGAAAUAAUCAAUCAUCGUUUUGAUCUUACCGAGACAUGGAGAGAAUGGAAUUAUUGUGGAUUUGGCAAUGAAGAGAAAGAAACGGUUGCAGGGGAGAUGGCCAAGAAACAGGGGACCCACAAGAGGAUGUUCAAGCAAGUCUUCUUAUCAGAGAGGCUCAGCAAGCAGGUUUUGUCUUUUGGUCUGGGGUUUUUAAUGUUUUUGAUAAGCUCUAUGAGCAUUUGCAUUUUAUUUGGUUUUAAGAGUAUUAUGGUUUUGGCUUUCUUUUUGUUCUCAUGGUCAUCAAUCGAGCUUCCUGUUAAAGUUAAGCAAUGGAAUACUAAUAGUGCUUUGUUUUGUUGGUAUUGGGUUCUUGUAGAACUGCUCACUAUAAUUGAUUCAUUCAUCUAUUUUGGCUCCCUAAUGAAUUAUGGAAAGUAUGGAAGUGAGUUCUGGAUUGAAAGUGUCCUCAGGUUUCAGCAAUCUCUGAAGCAGGAACAGGACAGAAGUGCAGGGAUUACGGAUUGGAAAAAAUGGUCUUGGACUUAUAACAUUUUGGUAUGGAGCUACGGUUUGGGCGCUACUGUCAAUUUCCAGGUUUCAAGUGCAAUGUCUAAAGCUCGUGUUUUUACUAUGGAGGUUGGACAGAAGAAUUUUAUGGCUUCUUUAGGCCAUAAUAGAUUCUAUUUUGCCACGGAAUAUCAUGGCGAUGAAGUCUGGUUUCAUUAUGCUUAUGUAUAUCAUAAAGGUUUAUGUGAUUGGAGAUAUAGGGAUCAAUUUGUACAAGGUUAUAGGGUUUUUUGGGUCCCCACGAGAUGGUACUUACUAUACUUGCUAGGUGAGAUGAAUAAGACAAUUAUUGGAGACCUAACAAAAGUUAUGGUUACCCCUCUCUUUAAAGUUCGGUGGUGUGAAAUUGUGGUUCGCAUGGAUGGCUUAAUUUUUAUUUUUUUAUACAGAUUUGAGAGCAUAUCUUUAUGUCUCCCUGCUGUGGUGCCUAGGCUCUUAGUUGGACUCUUGGUUAUUGACUAAUAGAUUAUUUCGUAGGCGUAGGCCUGAUAAUAACAUAUGGUAGAAAUGGUUUGGUUCGUGUGGUAACAAGACAUGAGGUUCACUGGUUUCUUCGGAAAUACUGGAAGAGAUGGGUUUUGGUCCCUCAAAGGUCUAUUGUGUCAUGGUACCAGCGAGUAGGAGGGGGAACUUGUUUGGGAUUCUGUGUUUUGGAAAGUGGUUGGCAAGCGAUGGAUGAAGGGACAUGUAAAAGGAAUUUUUGGUUUUACUGGAACUAUAAUUGUGUAAUGCAUAUUUUAAUUUUGGAAAGAUAUUUUAACAAUUUAAGAUUCGGUUGUGUGUGGUUGAUCAGUAGCUCCUCUUGUGAAUGCGGGGAAUUUUAUUUAA